UUUGAAGUCUAUCUGACUUGUUUUGUUCAUUGCCAACAUGGGUUCUCGACCGAGAGUUUUGUUUUUCUUUACUUUGGUCUUUGUUUCGACUAUUUCAUUAAUGCAUCGAGUCACAGGUGAACGACAUUGGCGAUGGCGCGACGAAAACGGACCGAGUUCCCUGGGAAACCAUGAAGAUCUCGUUACCGACUUGCCCGGUCAGCCACCCGUAGAUUUUCGGCAUUACGCCGGAUAUAUCACCGUGAAUGAAAACAAUGGAAGGGCACUUUUUUAUUGGUUCUAUGAAGCAAUGUCUCAGCCUGAUGAAAAACCAUUGGUGCUUUGGCUUAAUGGAGGUCCUGGGUGCUCUUCUGUAGGAUAUGGAGCCACACAAGAGAUUGGUCCUUUCUUAGUGGACACUGAUGGGCGUGGGAUUAAAUUUAACAACUUCUCAUGGAAUAAAGAAGCCAAUAUGUUAUUCCUGGAAUCUCCAAUUGGAGUCGGGUUUUCAUACUCAAACACUUCUAUUGAUUAUGAUAAUCUAGGAGAUGAGUUUACUGCAAAUGAUACUUACACUUUCCUGCACAAGUGGUACCUGAAGUUUCCAUCAUACAGAAAAAGAGUCUUUUAUAUUGCUGGGGAAAGCUAUGCAGGAAAAUAUGUGCCAGAGUUGGCUGAACUCAUUCAUGACAACAACAAGGACCCUUCACUUUAUAUUCAGCUCAAUGGUAUUUUGUUGGGGAAUCCCGAAACAUACGAUGCCGAGGACUGGAGAGGGAUGGUGGAUUAUGCGUGGAGCCAUGCCGUGGUAUCAGAUGAAACUCACAAAAUCAUCACCGAAACCUGCGAUUUCAAAAGCAGUGAUAUAUGGAGCAACGAAGAUUGUAGUGAAGCCGUUGACGAAGUGCUCAAACAGUACAAGGAGAUCGAUAUAUACAGCCUAUACACCCCUGUCUGUAUCGGUGAUACCGCGAGUUCAGAUGACAAAUCAGUACUCAAAAUCAUGAUGAAGCGAAAAUCGAAUAUGAUACCAAGGAUUUUAGGUGGCUUUGACCCCUGCCUUGAUGGCUACGCAAAUGCUUUCUACCAUAGAUUGGAUGUUCAAAAAGCUCUUCACGUUAGUGAUGGUCACCGUGCCAAAAACUGGAGCAUCUGCAAUAUGGAUAUAUUUUACAGUUGGGCAGAUACAAAGCCAUCAGUACUUCCCAUAUACCAAAAUCUCAUUGCAGCAGGAAUUAGAAUUUGGGUUUACAGUGGAGACACGGAUGGAAGAGUUCCUGUUUUGUCUACUCGGUAUAGCAUAAGUGCUUUGGGAUUGCCCAUCACUAAGGCAUGGAGACCAUGGUACCAUGAGAAACAGGUGAGCGGUUGGGUUGAAGAAUACGAAGGGCUUACGUUUGCAACAUUUAGAGGAGCUGGGCAUGCGGUGCCUUGUUUCAAACCAAGCAGUUCACUCGCUUUCUUCUCUGCUUUUCUCCAAGGAGAAUCACCAUCUUCCUCCCGAUAUUGAACUCUCUUGGAGGAUUUUGGUCUUAUAUCU